GAUAAUAUGCAGCACCUGGCUGAGAGUCAGUCCUUAGCACUGCAGACACACACGGCCUCUUUUGUGAUUUUUAUCACUGUGAAUCAGCGCUUUCACAGAAAACAAAUCUUCAUUUUUAGCAUGCUUCAGGCAAAAUACACGCUUUUGCUUUUAUUUGUUGCCACAUUAUUGACGGUGAGCUGUCAGAGCAGGGAACAUGAAGCUGAACAAGGUACUAAAAGUGGUGAAAAUGCCACAGCUAGCAAACUGGAAACAUUUGAUUUCGCCUUUAACUCGACCAAUAUGACUCAUUUCGUCUAUGGGAUUUCUGCAAAUAUGGUUGCUGUGCUGUUGUAUGGAAGCAACUUUGUGCCUGUGAAAAGGAUUGAGACAGGAGAUGGUAUGUUUUUUCAGUGGAUAAACUGUGCAGCAAUAUGGGUUGUAUCUAUGAUUGGAGACUUGAUGCUUCAAUCGCCCAAAUUCUACCCUUUUGCAAUGCUUGGAGGCGUCAUCUGGGCUACAGGAAAUAUUACAGCUGUUCCAAUUGUUAAAGCGAUUGGCCUUGGUCUUGGGAUUUUAAUCUGGGGAUCCUCUAGUUUGUUGAUGGGCUGGGCCAGUUCCAGGUUUGGCUGGUUUGGAAUUACUGCUCAGGAUGUUUCCAGGCCGAUAUUAAAUUAUUGCGGCGCUGGGUUGUGUCUGCUCAGUGGCCUGAUCUUUUUCUUUGUGAGAACAGACGUGGAACUGCAUCCUAACUCAGAAUCGAUUCCAUUACUUAUUGACAGAAGAACGCAUUCAGGCAGCUAUGGACCAAGUUCCUCAGAGUUCUGGAUAGAUGUCAUUGGGCCAAAGACCAGGCGGUUCAUAGGCUGUCUGCUUGCUGUCAUGUCUGGCCUGCUGUACGGGUCCUCCUUCAUACCCAUCCUCUACAUUAAGAACCAUUCAUCGUGCCAUGACAGCAUAUUUCAUGGAGCCAGCGUCUAUGACCUGGACUAUGUUCACGCACAGUGUUCUGGCAUUUUUGUUGCAAGCACAGUGUACUUUGCCAUCUACUGUGCUGCCAUGAAUAACAGGCCCAGGGUCUACUCCAGAGCUGUCCUACCAGGUCUAUUGUCUGGAUUGAUGUGGGCAUUGGCCACGUACUGCUGGUUCCUAGCCAAUAACUACCUGAGUGCUGUCAUUACAUUUCCUAUUGUCAGUGCAGGAUACGGUCUGGUUGCGGCACUGUGGGGGUCCUUGGUGUUCAAGGAGAUUAAGGGGUUAGCCAACUGCUUCAUCUUCUUCAUAGCCUCCUGUGUUGUGCUGACUGGCUCCUUGCUGACCGCCAUUUCAAAGCUCUAAACAAAAAAUGUGCACAGAAAUCAUUUCACGAUUUGUCAUGUUUUCAUUAUACACACACUCAUUCAUUCCAGUUGUCCAAAUGAUUUGAAAAGAUUGUCCUUGGUUUUAUAAAACUCUUUGUACGCCAUUAAAAUAAACCAAAGUCUAGAGUCUAAA